AUGGUAAAAAUUGGAAAUAAUUUUAAAUUUUGUCAAUUAAAAGGUUUAUUACAAAGUGAAGAAGUUAAAGAGAUUAAAGAAUUACCAAAAAGUAAUUUUUAUACACAAGGUAUUAUUGAAGCACCAAUUAGUAUUAGAAUUGAUGAUAUAUUACCAAAUGGUAUAAAUUAUUUAUCAAUUCCAUGUGUUGAAUCACAAAUUAAUAGUUUAAUUUCAAAUGAUAAUAUUACUACUAAUAGUAAUAGAAAUGUUUGGGAAAUUGAAAGUAAAAAAAUUGAAAUUGGUGAUGGUAAUUUAUGGAAAGAAACAGAGGAGAAAAUAAUCGAGAAAAUUAAAAUUGGUAUGGGAAUUUAUCAAGAUGAAUUGGUUAAUUUACAAUUUAAAAAAUUAAUAAUCAUUAAACCCAAUGGUUAUUUACCAUACCAAGAUAUUAAUACCACAACAACAAUUGUUAAAAAUAAUAAAAAUAAUAUUUUUGGAAAGUUGUUAAUUUCUUUACCAUCAAAAUCAUAUGGAGGGGAUAUAAUUAUCACCAAUUCAAAGAAUGAUAAGGAUCAUUGUAAAAUCCAGUUAUCAAAUAACUUUGGAUCGUUAAUUAAUAUGGUUUCGUUUUAUUCCGAUUGCAUAUACACCACUGAGCCAUUACAAUCUGGGAUAAGAGUGUACUUGGAAUACGAUUUAAUCAAGUCUAGUAAAAGGUCAUUAUCAGCCCAAGUUCUAACUCAAAUCAAGUCAGAUGCAAAUGAGAAAUUAAAAGAAAUUACAGACUCUAUUAAUUUCUGUCUAAGUGAUGGUAAAUUAACGAAUAUCGUAUACUUAUUUGAAAAUGGUAAUUAUAAUAUCGAAUCGAUUGUUGAAGAAUUAUCAGGAAAUGAUUUGAAAAUUGUUGAAAAGGUAAAUAAAAUAUCAAUGGAUGAAUCAAAUGAUUUAACAUUUUGUUUUGGUUAUUUUCAUUUAAUUGAAAAAUCAAUUGGUUUAUUUUCAAUGGAUGAAAAAAAGAAAUUCACACCAAAUGAAUCUGUUAUAUCAGAGAAUUUCAUUCACUGUUUUAGAGAUAUUAAUAAUAAUUUAGUUGAUAUACCAAAUAUUCAUAUAUCAAAAGAUUUAUCUGAAGUUUUAUCUUCAAUUGAUUUUAAAAAUUUUAAACCAUAUCAAUUAAUUACAAAUCAAGAUUUAAAUAGUCAAAUUUCAAUUUAUGAAAUACCCUCAUUAAUAAUUUUUAAAAAAUCAACUUUAGAAAAUAAUGAUAUAUCAAUUAAACCACCAGAUUUAAAAAGGGGAAAAUUUAUUUAA